GGCAGACUUAAAUAAAGACAUUUUUGCGUAACGCAUGCAUUAUUGUUUACUGCAGUUUAACCUGCGUCAUACUUGUUAGUAAUUUAGGAGAACAGCAUUGCAGUGUUUAUUUAAAAACCUGGUCGUACUAUAAUAAUGGUGUGUUUUAACAAGAAUUUGUUGUGGACGUGUCGUAAAACCAAGUGAACACUCAGUACUAGUACACUGCAUUUUUGUGCUCGAGUUUCUGAAACUUGGUGAGACUGCAGCAUUAGGUUAGAUUAGGUUAAUACUGAUAAUAUGUCUCACAUUUUACUGAGACUUAAAAGUGUAGUGCCCUAGUAGUGUGAACAAGGUCUCAAAUGUGUGUUAGUGGUUGUGAUGUCAUAAGGAAUGAGGGUUGUGCCCUACAUAUCUGCCAUUCGUGCAUCAGGUAGCCUAUCAGGACCAGCAACGCACUUAAAUCUUGAGUUACUCUACAAAGCAAUAAUAAGAUUGAUUAUUGUUUUAAAUUCAAUCAUCUUUUCAAUUCAACAGUCUUGUCUUUCACAUGUCCUUUCAACAAAUUCAGGAAGAUGAGUGCUGCCUAUUCUGAAGCAAUGUUACACUGUCAAAUCCAAUCUAAUGCAGAUUAAAAUUUACAGAGGUACUUCUUGUUGCAUUAUGUUAAGUAACGCCCUGCAUUUAUAAACGGAAACACAAUCGGAAAGGGAUAAGUACAAAAAGCUGACUCAGACCACUCGGAAAAUUAAAAGCGUCUGUUUAAGCAUAUGCUGGGACAAAAACUCUAUUCAACAAUUUUCCUAAUUAUAUUUUAAGAGAGUUGUAAAAAUCACCAUUUACAGGCAGAUUAGAAAACCAGUCUCAAUGUUAUUACCACUAAUGCACCAUUGUGUCUAGACAACCAGUUAAGGAUGCGAUGCAACACAAGGACAUUUUCCUCUCAUUUCUGCUGUUAUCCCCAUCAGUGAUGCUCCAGUUAUAUAAGGAAGGUUCCUGUGGUGCAUAGGCUUUAAAAUGGUGUAUACCUCCCACCCCGCCCCACCACGGCCCUCACCUGUGUGUUGCGGUGCUUCCCUUGUGAGCCGACCUGGGCCGGCAGCCCCUUCUUGCACCGCGCCGACCCGGUCCAUGGUUACCAUGACGCGCUCCAAAACCUUCCAGGCGUACCUUCCCAGUUGCCACCGUACCUACAGCUGCAUCCACUGCAGAGCACACCUCGCCAACCAUGACGAACUCAUCUCCAAGUCCUUUCAAGGAAGUCAGGGCAGAGCAUAUCUGUUCAACUCUGUGGUGAAUGUGGGAUGUGGCCCUGCAGAGGAGAGAGUUCUGCUGACUGGACUUCAUGCAGUUGCAGACAUCUACUGUGAAAACUGCAAAACCACAUUGGGCUGGAAAUAUGAACAUGCAUUUGAAAGCAGUCAAAAGUACAAGGAGGGCAAGUUCAUCAUCGAACUCGCCCACAUGAUCAAAGACAAUGGCUGGGAAUGAACAGACGCCUGGGAGAGUCGAAGUGGAUGACGGGUGAAUGCGUGGGUGGAUGACUGACUUUGGUUUGCCAUUACCCUCUUAAAACCUAAAAUUCCUCCAUCUCCUGCUGACACACACGCACCUCGUCCCCGGGUGCCCACCCGGACCGGUAUCGGGAGAGAGGGCCGCCCCGGGUGGGCGUUGUGUGCCUGGAGGAGAGCGCGUGCGUGUGUGUGUGUCCUCCCCGAUGCGUGGGAGCACACUGAGAUACAUGAAUGCAUACACAAGGUGUACAGACGUACAUGCACACACAUACGCCAAAGCAUGUCACGCUUGUUUGUACUGUACGCAGCUCUAUUCAUACGUGUGACAUAAGGCAGGGCUAUGAGGGCACGCUGCGCUUGGCAGGAUCGGGGUCAUGAGUUGACAGAACUGACGGGGGUCUCUCCACAUUCUGUUUGUAAGAAACUACCAGGGUUUUUCACAUUCAGCUGAGGAUAGCACCAUCUGUACAAGCGUGGAGGCCUGGCACAGGCAGAUAGCAGCGAGGUCUGGAGAGAUCAGUGAAUGGGGCUCUUAAACCAAUGGUUCGAAUGAAGUUUACCCCUCCUGCUUUUAAAGAGAUAAUGCACAUGAAAUAAAUAUUCUGACAGAGUUGUUUUAAAGGCAAAUGGCAGUUUAAAGAAAAAUAUUCAGGCUAGUUUUUACUUUAUAAUGAAGGUAAAUGGGAACUGGCACCAUCAAGCUCCAAAAUGACAAUAAAAGUAUCAUGAUAGUGGUCUGUACAUUUUGUUAACUAUAUAUGAGGAGCUCACAUGCAAAAGCCGCUUAGCGUCACCUCCGUCAAAAAUGAGAUGUUAUGCUCUCUGUCAUGUAUUAAAUGUUUAUCAAAUAAAAUCCCUGCCGCAGGCCAUUAAAAAACUGCUUUGUUGGCAGAAUCCGCUAAACACUAGGACGAUUUUUUUAGCAAAGUCCUCUUAAGUGCACUCAUAGAUAUGUACACUAGAUGGCGCCUUGGCUACGGCAGUUCAUUGGACCGAAUGCGUCAAAUAGAGCCGCCAUCUUGAAACAGGGGACAGCGUCAUUGUAGGCAACGAUGUAACGGAAAUAAAAUCACCAUAAAUCGUCAUGAAUGCGAUUUUCUUUUGGUUCGUUUCAACAGUCAGACAUGUAUUUAGCAUUGAGUCCAGAAAAAAAAUAAAGUUUUGAUAUUUCGAAAAUCUACUUUUUCUAACCAUAAUGCAUAGUGCAAGUAGGCCUAACAUCAAUACGCAGCACAAAAGUCCGGCAUCGUCCGAGUACGGCGGAGAUAGCAGUGUUACCUAGCGACUUCCAAUGACAAGUCCCCUGUUCUAAGAUGGCGGCGGUUUUGACGCAUGCUUAGAACCCCAAGGCGACAUCUAGUGUAUAUAUCUAUGAAGUGCACUGAAGAUAAAUAGGAUAAACGUCGGCGUGUGAAACAUUCAAAAUUGUGUCGCUUGUGAGUACUUGGACCUGAAACAACCCGAACAUGGCAGUCACAUGGACCACAGCGCCCCCUGAUGUGUGGUUCAGUUUCUUUAUUUUUACAUUCUGGCUUUCAUCAUUUGCAAUGUUUCUAGUAGCAUUCUAAUGCUGCAUUUAGACCAGCCGUGGUAGAGGCGUCAAGCGCGAGUGAUUUCAAUGUUAAGUCAAUGUGAAGACGCGUUGACGCGCGUCUCGAGGUCUCGCUGCGCGAAUGAGGCACAAUUCUGCCUCAUUCACGCGUCUAGUUCGCGCGAAUUGAGCGUUGCCACGGCAAACGCGCGAGUUGAAAAAUUUGAACUUUGGCGGAAAAAAACUUGCUCUAGUAGUGACGUGAUUACAGGAUGCGAGCGGAGUCGCAGAAGCCCCUCCUAUGAUGCGAAUUUCCACGUGAAUGUCUCGAUGACUAGAAUUUCACGUGCGAAUGAAGCGAGUAAACUCAAAAUGUUCAAGCGGCAAACUAGACGCGGUAGACGCGAAUUUGACGCCUCAAACGCGGCUGGUGUGAACUCACGGUUAGUGAUUUUGCAACUGUUUACUAUGUCUUACCCAAAAAAAUGGGUUUUAUUUAAUACAAAAAAAGCUUGUGUGCACUUAGAGGGUUUUUCAACGAAAUACAGUCAAAUUUGUUAAAAAGUUAAUUUAAAAGUACUUAAAGGUGCAGGUGGUGAGGUUGCAUAUUGCAACCAAUGGCUUAAUCCACUGCUCACCCCUCGUUUUUGAAACACAUAGAAAAGCUACGGAAGUCGCCAAUGGACAAACAUGUCAUUCGUAAAAAAAUUUGUCUGUUAAGGGCUUCUGUAGAAACAUGGCGGCACAAAAUGGCGACUUCCAUGUAAGGGGACCCUCGGUGUAUGUAGAUAAAAAGGUCUCUUUUAUUUUGAAAGGUCAUUAUACACCACUGAUAAUAUAGUUUUGUAUAUUCUUUUGCAUUUCUGUCAAGAGAUCCUUCUAAAAAUUACACACUUCACCUUUAAAAGUUACUGACUAAUUGUAUGUUCACACCGCCGCCUGCGAGAGUGUCAAAAAACGCUCUGGCUGCCCUGCCAGUGACGCUAUAGAAAAAGUGUAGUAAACGCUCUGACGCGCAAAUGCAUUCUCUGGAAUCGUCUCAAGUGGAGGUUUCCGCCUUCCGAUUGGUUGCCACUAGUGCUGCACAAUUAAUCGCAUCGCAAUCGCAAUGUCAUCCUGUGCAAUUAUAUGACAGCAAAAUGUUGCAAUUAUAUUAAAUAAAUAAAUGUGAGGACUUGUUAACACAAACUUUCUGAUAACAGUCUGAUGAUUUUCCUUGCUGUUUAAAAAAAGAAAGAAAAACG